UUAUGAACGAACGUGUUUCGUCCCCACUUUAAAUUUGAGAUUGUGAUAUAUUUAAACCAUUUUAAAUUGGAAUCAAGUUCACUUUAUGUGUGUGCUUAGCUGGGAACUUAUUCGUCCUUGUCCCCUAGUUGUGGUGUUAAUACUAGUUAAAACCUGUUAAUUCUAAUUAUUAAAGUGUUAUUCUUAAAUAAUGGAUCAGCCAGGAUACUUGCCAUACCCAAAGGGUUUCUCAACAAGGGCGAUUCACGUCGGCCAGGAACCAGAAAAAUGGGACUCCAUGGCGCUUGUGCCUCCACUUGUCAUGUCCACCACAUUCAAGCAAUAUUCACCUGCUAAUUUUAAAGAAUUUGAAUAUGGAAGGUCCGGAAAUCCUUCCAGGAAUGUCUUGGAGGAAUGCCUGGCAUCCCUAGAGAACGCCAAGCAUGCCAUGUGCUUUUCUUCUGGUUUAGCAGCUACCAACACACUUCUAGGCAUGUUUCAAUCUGGGGAUCAUGUUAUCAGUGGUGAUGAUAUCUAUGGCGGCACAUACAGGCUGUUCAGCAAAGUUGCCAGCAAGUUUGGUUUGGAGUUUUCUAUUGUUGAUACAACUGAUAUUACCAAAGUUGAAGCUGCCAUCAAACCUAACACUAAGUUGAUUUGGUUAGAAACACCAACAAAUCCUUGCCUGAAAGUAAACGACAUUCGCGCCGUGGCGGCCAUUGCAAAAUCCCGUAAUGUCCUCCUCGCUGUAGACAACACUUUCUUAACUCCGUACUUGCAACGGCCUUUAGAACUAGGCGCCGACAUGUCAGUAUAUUCUCUGACUAAAUACAUGAAUGGCCACUCUGAUGUUGUAAUGGGUGCGAUUGUCACCGAUCGUACUGAUUUGAAUGAACGCCUUCGUUUCCUGCAGAAUUCAUUGGGCGCAGUGCCCUCACCUUUCGACUGCUCCAUGGUGACUAGAAGUCUUAAAACUCUCGCGGUGCGAAUGCGUCAGCACAGUGCAAAUGCAAUUGCUGUGGCAAAGUUCUUAGAAACACACGAAAAAGUCGUUAAAGUUUUACAUCCAGGCCUACCAAGCCAUCCGCACUAUGAAUUAACUAAAAAGCAGACUUCUGGGCACAGCGGCAUGGUUACUGUUUACUUGAAGGGAGAAAUUGAACAAGCGAAGAAAUUCUUGACUGCUUUGAAGGUGUUCACCUUGGCGGAGAGUCUUGGAGGAUAUGAAAGUCUCGCUGAACUUCCUUCGGUGAUGACACACGCAUCAGUCCCACCAGAACAACGCAAACUCCUUAACAUCACCGAUAACUUGGUGCGUCUCUCCGUGGGUUUGGAAGACAUCGAGGAUUUAAUCGCGGAUUUGACUCAAGCGUUGAAACAGAUUUAACUGUUUGCAAGGUACAAAAACAAGGCCUAACAAGAAUAUCAGAACCCAAGUUAAACAGCAUAUAAAUUUAUUUUUAAUAAAUUAAAUUACUUAUUCACAGUUGAGUAAUGCAUGCAUAUCCUUGUUAGACCAUUGAUGAUGGCGUCGCAGGUCAUUUUAUUGAUGCCCGAACACUUUGCCAAGUGCAUUUUUACACUAUAAAUAUACUGCAAGAAAACAA